AUGGACAGAAUUUUCAAGAGUUUGAGAGACAGACUUUCAAUACAGCUGAGGACUAAGAGUCAAAUUAUGCAGAAACUGCUGUGGAUCAUCUUUGUGAUAAUCAAAUUUGUAAGCUCGGAGGCUCCAUAUCCACACCAACAUCAGCAUCAACAGUAUGUGCCCUACCAGGAGCAGAGACCCCAGUUGCAGUGCGGCCUUUACGGAGCUCCACCUUGCGAAUACGUCCCGGCGCCGCCAGGAAACACGCCCAACUGCGCCGUGCCCGGGAAAACCUACUGUGAGCACGUGGAUCACUAUCCUGUGCAGGUCAUAAAAACCCUGAUUGAUAAAUGGGGCUACGAUAUCAACCCCCACCUCGUGGACGAGACAGGAGAUGAGUUCCACGACAAAAAGAUGGUUCCUCAUCCUACGUACGGACCACCAUCACCGACUUACGGACCGCCAUCGCCGACUUAUGGCGUUCCAGGCACACCUCCAGUGCCGGCCUCCUAUCAACCUCCCCCACCACUCCCUCCAGCCCCCGUAUCCACAACCCCAGCCCCUAUCUUCAGAGAGAACCUCGUGGCGCCAACCAGCAAUUACGUUCCCUUCGCGCGAGCCACCGCAGCCGGUGGGUAUGCGAACGACGGAGGAUACAACUAUAAUCCUCCGAGAACAUCCUUCCCAGCUGCGAAGCCACCGCAGGAGUUCUUCACGCCUAUUCAGGGAAACAGAGAUCCAUUCAACGGACUACCAGCAGGAGCUGCCAAGCCAAACAACAACGAUAACAGUGUUAACAAUGUUAAUAACGUUAACAACGUUAAUAAUGGAUUCAACGGACAACCAAUCAAUGUAAUAUUCACGGAAGCUUUGAGGGCGCCUCCACAGGAUAACUUCCUACAAGCACGAUCUGCAAACCAGCAGCAACAACUUCCGGAUCCCACUCAAAUUCCACCCUCACAAACGACAUUCACGAAUCCACCGCCACAAGUUCCACAGAACAAUUUCCAGAACCCAAACUACUUCCAACCCUUCAUUCAGCCAUCAGUAGAGAUCCAGCCUCCGCCACAGACGCCUUACAACCCAGCGGAUUGGUUCAGAAGAUAUGGAAGGAGUAUCACAGAUGUGGAUAAAUCUGGCGGGACGGAAAUUGAGAGGCAAGAGGUGCGUAGCUUCAAUCAGACUCUGGUGCGAGUCAAGAGACAGUCGCUGGAGAGUCUGUUGCUGGAUGAGAGCAAGCUUCCAGAAAAUGCAGGACUGAGAAGCAAGAGACAAGGAUUCGAUCAGGAAGCACUGUGCCAAGUCAGGACGCAGUUCAUUCAACCCCAGGCGGCUCUCAAUAAUAAAGGGAACUGGAUGUUUGUGGUGAAUCAAGUGGAAACAGCAAGGCAGCUUGUGAAGACUGAAACUUGCGCAUCAACAGUCUGUUCGAACAUCUGCCAGAUUCCGCCUGGCUACAAUUCUCGCUGUGAGCAGAAGUACGUCCAGAAGCGUCUCGUCGCUCUGGACGCCAGUGGCCAACGUCUCUACACGGACACCUUCUGGUUCCCAUCAUGCUGCGUCUGCACGAUCGCACCGCAAUAGAUCAUGCCACGGAUUCAGUGCUUAUUCAACGAAUUUAGACUUAAUGGCGCGAGAGCCGUAGAAAUGAUCUGCAAAAUUACUGCCAAGCAACUAAUUUAAAGAAAAAAAGCUAUUUAAGGUGCACGACAAGCUAAAAUUCCAC